UUCAAUGACACUCGGUAGUCAGUCAUCAGCGGGUAACAAUGCAGUCUAUUGGUUGGAUCUCCUGGUUGCUUGUGUUUUUUCUUUUCAAAAGCACAGGAUUUGCAGCAGAAGUGAGUGUCGUAAACGGAACGGACAGUAGUGACAUUCGAGGAUUGGCGAUUCAGAAUCCAAAUAGCCAAUGUCCUAUUGAUACGGCUAUUAAUGGUAUACAUAACAUAACGGUAGGGAACCUAGAACCGUUUGAAGUUUUCUGUGAUGCAAAGAUUGCUGGGCCUGGCUGGACUGUGAUCGCCCGUCGAACAAAUGGAGAGCUAAAUUUCUAUCGCAGGUGGGAUGAGUUCAGGAGGGGAUUCGGGGACAUCAGGGGCGAAUUCUUCAUAGGAUUGGAAAAGCUGCACGCCAUAACGAAAUCACAGACCCAAGAGCUAUACGUUCACCUGGAGGAUUUCGAAGGAAACCAGAGAUAUACCAAAUAUAACGAAUUCCACAUCGAAAGUGAAAAUGACGCAUUUCGAAUGUCAAAGUUGGGCUCCUCCACUGGGGAUGCGGGUGAUUCGAUGUAUAAAUGCAGGGCCCAGAAAUUUACAGCCUACGACUGGGACAACGAUCAGUGGAAGAAAGGUAAUUGUGCACAUGACCGCAUGAGUGCCUGGUGGCACAAUAGUUGUGGCGAUAGUGCACUUUUCGGCCUGUAUAUGAGGGGUAAUAUGCCUGGGAUGAAGUGGAAGGGAAUGAUGUGGGAGACUUUUCGAGGUGAUUAUUCACACAGAGCAAUGCAGAUGAUGGUUCGUCCAAAGUGAUCAUGCAGUAUGAUGUUAACAUCUAUAGCUAAAUGAAAUAAAUAUUUAACUUCCACGCA